AUGUUGAGGGACAGACUUGUGUGUGGAAUUCGUGACAGAGGCGUGCAACAGCGGUUGUUAGUUGGGAAAAACCUCACUCUGGACAAAGCCGUAGAAGUUGCAAGAACGGCAGAGGCGGCAGAACUCAACGCAAGCGAGCUGCGCAAGGGCCACUCCGACAGACCCGCUUCUCCUGCUCAAGAAGGCUUGGCGAACCAUCUCAAGUUCAAGAAAAGGCACGCGCACGCACCCAAGGGUCAUAAGGUGCAAGAAUUGAAUCCGAGAGGCAAACCCAAGGCCGGACAUCACGAGAAGUUCAAGCCGUGUAUACGCUGUGGAUCCCGCGAUCACAGGCCUCCGGAGUGCAAACAUAUAAACACGAGGUGCUACAAGUGCGACAAAGUAGGUCACUUGGCGAGCUGCUGUUUGUCUAGUGAUGAGAAGGGGAAGCAGCAGCGGGGUUCUCAAGUGAACACGGUGCAGUCUGCGGACAAGCCACCUGAGUACUACCUGCAUUCUCUGCGGACGCAGGAAUCCUUGAAGCCCAUUACAAUGACAUUCAUUGUCAACGGAGUGCCAUUGGAAAUGGAGUUAGACUCAGGUUCUCCAGUUUCUAUAAUCUCGAAGGACACCUACCUGCAGCACCAAGGAGCUUUGCCAGUGCUUUCGCAGACAGACGUCAAGCUCAACUGCAUACGUGGAACCACACCGGUGCAGGGAACGUUGUCUGUUCAUGUACGUCUAGGCAAAACUGCAAGUCAGCAGACACUGCUUGUGGUAGCUUGCAAGAGUCCCAGCUUAUGCGGUAGAGAUUGGCUUGCAACCUUCAAUCUUCUGCCACGCCAAGUAAACGCAACGCAGAUUGAUUGUGCCACAGUAGAGAUCGUACGUGCGAUGCUCUUGGAAUUUGAAGACAUUUUCAAACCGGGGUGUGGGACACUAAAAGGACCACCAGUGCAUGUCAAGGUUCGACCUGAUGCGGAACCACGGAACUACAGGCCUCGUUCAGUGCCAUAUGCACUUCGAGUCAAGGUUGAAGAAGAACUUCAGCGGCUGGAACACGAAAACAUCAUCACGCCAGUGGACCAUUCCGAUUGGGCUUCACCAAUAGUGCCAGUUCUAAAAGCGGAUGGGCAAAGUGUCAGGAUCUGCGGCGACUAUAAGAUCGGAGUCAAUCCAGCAGUGGUGACAACACAGUACCCAUUACCUAAAGUGGAAGAUAUAUUUGCGUCAUUGCAAGGUGGGGUCAAGUUUUCCAAACUGGAUUUUCGAGAGGCUUACAACCAAGUCCCAGUGGAUGAAGAGACCAGCAAGCUACUGGUCAUCAACACGCACAGAGGUCUCUUUGCCUACAAUCGCCUGGCAUACGGCGUAUCCUCAGCCCCUGCCCUCUUCCAAAGAAGAAUGGAAGAAAUCCUUCGUGACAUUCCUGGCACGUCCGUAUACCUAGAUGAUGUCUUGGUGACUGGCAGAACGGAUGAUGAACACCUCCAGAAUCUGCGCAAAGUUCUACAGAGAAUCAAAGAGUCUGGGUUGAGAUUGAAACAGGAGAAGUGCGAAUUCUUCAAACCAUCUCUCGUUUACUUGGGCAAUGAAAUCAGUGCAACUGGUCUUCAGCCAUCAAAGAAAAAUGUUGAAGCCAUCAUGGAAGCACCCGAGCCAAAAGACGUCGGUGAGCUGAGAUCCUUCAUUGGACUCUUGUCAUACUAUGGAAAAUUCCUCCCGAACUUGUCUACACUACUAGCACCCUUGUAUGCUCUGCUCCACAAGAACAGCCCCUGGAGGUGGACAGAUGAAGAACAAACAGCCUUCAUCAAAAGCAAGAAAGUCAUCAUGGAAGCAAAGGUGUUGGCACACUACGACCCAUCUAAGGAAUUGGUGCUCGCAUGUGACGCUUCGCCAUAUGGAGUUGGUGCAGUGCUUUCACACCGUGAAAAUGGGGUGGAGAAACCGCUGGCAUUUGCAUAUCGCACACUCACAGCAGUUGAGCGAAACUACUCGCAUCUGGAGAAGGAGGCCCUGGCCAUCAUCUUUGGUGUCACACGCUUCAGAGACUACUUGCUGUGUCGAAGCUUUGUCCUAAUCACUGAUCAUAAGCCAUUGGUUGGCAUAUUUCGUGAAGACAAAGCAAUUCCAGCGAUGACUGCUUCUCGCAUUCAGCGUUGGGCCCUCACACUGGGAGCCUACACUUAUACGAUUGAGCACCGACCAGGACGUCUCAAUGGAAAUGCUGAUGCCAUGAGUAGAUUACCACUGACAGAGCUUUAUGCAGAGCCACCUGAACCACCGGAGCUGGUCAAUGCAAUCUCAAAGCUGGAAAAGCUAGCAGUAUCGUUGAAGCAACUGCAGCAGUUCACUGACAGUGACCAGACUCUAAGCCAAGUGCUGCAGUGGGUCAGAGUUGGGUGGCCGCAGAGUCCCCCAGACAAAGCUUUCCAACCAUUCUGGCAAAGACGGGACGAGCUGAGCGUGCACAGCAAUCUGCUGUACUGGGGAAAUCGAGUUGUAGUGCCACAUCCUGCUCAGAAGCAUAUCUUGGAGCUGCUACAUGAGGCGCACCAGGGAAUGGUCAUCAUGAAAGGCAUGGCAAGGUCGUUGAUCUGGUGGCCAGAUGCUGAAAUAGAAAGAUGCGCCCGGCAGUGCACACAUUGUCUUCAGAACUCUCCGUUACCGGCAAAAGCAGAACCAGUGUCAUGGCCUGAGCCAAGUGAGUGCUGGGAGCGGGUACAUUUAGAUUACGCAGGCCCAUUUGAAGGAAGAAUGCUCCUUAUACUGGUGGAUGCGAAGUCAAAGUGGCUUGAAGUUGCCAUCGUGCCAAGUGCCACAGCUGAACAAACAGUAGAGCACUUGAGGGAUAUUUUUGCAAGGUUUGGACUACCAAGGUGUAUUGUUACUGACAACGGAACACCAUUUACUGGUAAAGCGUUCCAGGACUUCGUUCUGGGAAAUGGCAUUAAGCACCUGCGAACAGCUCCCUUCCAUCCAGCGUCAAAUGGCAUAGCUGAGCGUGCUGUCAGAACAGUGAAGGACGGUCUCAAAAAGACAACUGGCGGAGAUCUCAAGCUCCGGCUUGCAAGAUGGCUGCUUAUGUACCGCAGAGCACCCCGCCCAAAGGGAACAUCGCCCAAUGAAAGCAAAGAUGGACCUUUGCAUUCCCAGAAGGGGGGAAGAGGUGAGGCGAAAACAGUCACAGAGUCCAAGGAGCAUGCUGAAAAGAAGAAAAAGGGACCAAGGUUCAAGAAAGGAGACAAGGUGGCAGUUCGAAAUUUCGGCAGAGGUCCCAAGUGGUGGUUAGGCGAAGUUGAAGAAAUAAAUGGAUCUUCUAUGGUAACUGUUUCAACUCCCCAAGGGAAGGUUCGUCGCCACAAUGACCAAGUGAAAAUGCACUUGGACCCUCCAGCACCCAGUUCUGCGGAUACAACACCCACCAAGGAAAACUGUGUAGCCAGCACCUCGGGCAACAUAGAGGCCGCAACAGUGCCAUCAGCAAGACGUUCAACCCGAACUAUCCGCAAGCCCCUACGAUACCAAUAA